AUGAUAGGCAGAUAUAUUAACAAUACAAGCAUAUACAAUUGACUUAUUUCAGAUGUUACAGAAUUAAAAUUUUUAGAAGAAUUAGGUGAAGAAAAAUGAGAAAAGAUUGACUUUUUAACAAAGAUCACACUAAGAAGUAUUGAUGAUAAAUUGCGAACUAGCAGAGAAAACAGCAAACACAAGCAUUUCUUUGAAAUCCAAAAUAUUGAAGAUGACCUCAAAAAAGAAAACAUAUCUAUUCAUGAUUUAAAUUUUUGAAGACUCGUUAAAAGUGUAAGGCGUUUGAAAUAG